AUGGCUGCCAGCGAAUACACGCCUCUACUCGAACCCUCCAAACAGCCGAAAGAGCGGUCAUCGCGAUGGCGGGCGCCCCAGACUGAAGUCUGGCUCGAGAUCGUCACUCGCAAGUUCUGUCCCGUAGGGCAGGAUGGGCCGGAAUGCCAAAUGGACCGCGUGCAGAGGGAGGUGGCUCUCCUACAGGACUGGAAGGAUACGCUGGAGCAGGUGCCGGGUAUAUUGUUCGCGGUGCCAUACGGCGUGCUGGCCGACCGGAUCGGACGUCGGCCGGUGUUGCUUCUAUGCGCGGUGGGAUUCACGCUGAGCGAUGCGUGGACCAAGGCUGUCGGUUGGUUCUCCGAUCAACUCCCGCUGCGACUGAUCUGGCUUGGUCCAAUAGCUCAAGUGUUGGGUGGUGGCACCCAAGUAGCCACUUCCAUGAUGUAUGUCAUACUCGCUGAUCUUUUCAGCGACGAAGAGCAAACCACGGCAUUCCUCUACGUAGCGGCCACGGUGCUCGUCAGCGAGAUUCUGGCCACUCCGCUUAGUGCCCUGCUCAUGACGAAGAAUAUAUGGCUACCGUAUCUACUAUCGCCUGUUUUCAAUGCUGCUGGUGGCCUCCUCCUGUUUCUCUUACCGGAGACAUUACCACAGACACCACCCGGCCAAUCGUCUUCAUCGGAGCAAGUAUCACAACGACAGAAUAUCCGGGGGCGCAUCAGAGCUGCAGUUGAUGAGCUGGGCCAGUCAAUCGCUGUGAUCUGGCGACAUCGCCGGGUAAUGAAACUGCUUCUGCUCUUCGCUGUCGACCGGUUUCAUUGGACGAUUGCGCAGGCCAGCUUCCUCAUACCCGUGCGAGGAUUUACUAGACUACUGCUGCUUCUGGUAAUCCUGCCAGGCAUAUCGCACUGGCUCAUAGAGCGACGGCGCAUGUCCCCAUUCACCAAAAACACUAGACUGGCUCUGACGAGUAGCGCUUGCAUGGGCGUGGGAUGUCUGCUAAUUGCGCUGUCCAGCCAUCCAGCGGGCACAGUAUUGGGGCUGGUAGUGUAUGCGCUUGGGUCAGCGAUGCAUCUAUUUGCUCGGCGCAUUAUCACGUCGCUCGUUGACGCACAUCACAUGGGUACGCUGUAUACGGCGAUUGCGGUGAUGCAGGGAAUCGGAGUAUUGGUGGCCGGGCCGAUGAUGGCGACGGCGUAUGGCUGGGGACUGGCAAGGGGUGGAGUAUGGACGGGGGCGCCGUUUUUGCUGGUGAGUGGACUUUAUGGGGCGGCUGGGUUGGCAAUCCUCCUGGGAAAUUGGGAGGGCCGCCAGGACGAUCUGGAGGAUGGUCAGUGAGGAAGCUAUGAAAAACCGCGAGACUAUUGGCUAGCAACAUACACAUCAUA